UGCACUCUAUAUCACCUCCCUGGUCAGGAUAAACAUCGACUGCCGUGUCAUUGUAUUUGUCAGCAGUCGACAGGUAAGGAACGAAGCCACACGUAUCGAGUAAGAACCAGGGCAAAGUCUGAGAAUUCAAAACCACCAUGACAAUCCAGCUCUACGUCGAUCUGAGAUCUCAGCCAUGCCGUUCUCUGGCCAUCUUUCUAAAGUUGAUGGGCAUUCCACAUGAGCUCCAAUACAUCGACCUCUUUACGGGCGAGCACAAGAAGCCAGAGUACGCGGACAAGUUCCCUCUCCAAGUAGUUCCAGGACUGAAAGAUGGCGAUUUCUACCUCGGUGAAAUGGUGGCCAUAUUCCGUUACCUGACAACCAAGUAUGCCGACAAGAUUGAGGAUCAUUGGUACCCUAAGGACAUGAAGUCUCGUGCACGUGUGGAUGAGUACAUCGCCUUUCAUCAUACAGGCACUAGGGGCAAGUGUGUUGCUAUCUUCGUGGCUGAGGUACUGGCUCCUGCUUUUAGUGGGAAGCCAGUGGAUCAGGAAAAAGUCAAGACUGACGCAGAGAAUCUCAAGCAGAGUCUCGACAAGAUCGAGAGGAGUUUCCUUAAAGAUAAUGACUUCCUCUGCGGCAAGGAAAUAUCAAUCGCCGAUAUCAUGGCUGUGUGUGAGUUUAUGCAGUUCACUGUGAAUGGUCGUGACAUCUUUAAAGACAACCCCAAGAUGAAGGGAUACAUGGAUAGAGUGAAGGCUCGUCUCCAACCAGCUUUAGAUGAGAUCAAUGCUAAGUUAUAUGCGUGGAGGGAUUCGCACGCGAAGUAGACUUUCCGAAGAUUGAGAUUAUGACCCGUUCUCCUUCUGAAAACAAAACUUCAUUUCGUACUGCCAUCA